ACAGAACUUCUGACAGCUGCCAUGAAUCUACACCUCCUCUCAUCUUUGCUGCUCUGUGCCGUUUGCAGUGGAGUAUUUUUCAUAAAUGUGACCGCCGUUCAGGCGUCUGCGCUGGAUCAUGUGACUGUGAUGUCAGCAUCAGGGGAGGGGCUUCAGAGUGCUGUGGGUGAAGAUUUAGAACCUGAGGAUGAUCAGGAUCCAUCAGGAAUGUUUAAUGACCCGACCUCGCUUAGAGUACAUCAGGUCAAUAAAGAAGAGGAGACGACUCAGAAACGCUCCGGACGCAAAAAGAACAAAGGAAGAAGAAAGAAUAAAAACAGCACUCCUUUUCAACCCAAUCACACAUCCACACAUAAGAUCCACAGCACCACAGCUGAUCCGUGUCUGACAUCACAUUUGGAUUACUGUAUUCACGGACACUGCACGUAUCUUCACGACCUGAGAGAACCUGUCUGCAUAUGUAAGCGAGGUUAUGACGGUGAGCGUUGUGGUAUUCAGCUCCUUCAUACGUCAGGCGUGCCGGACGACAGCGGUUCGCAGACGACCCACACUGCCCUUAUCAUCAUGGCUGUCGUCCUGUCAAUCAUCAGCUGUCUGGCCAUCUUACUCAUCAUCUGUGUGCACUAUCGAACAAACCAUCGCUUUCAGGCGGCUUUCCUGAGUUCUGCUGAUGAGAGACAGAAUCUAGAGAAAAAAAACAUUAUAUUAUGAAAAGAGGAAGAGGUGUAACAGCAUUAGAUAUCACAAGAUCUCACUGGCACUACAGAUUUAUUGCACAUAAAACAUUGUAAUGUAUAUUUAUUGUUUGUACCUAUUUAUUGAAAAAUCAUAUUAUUUCCUACACUUUAGUGUAUGUGUCUAUUUUGAUAAUAAA